AUGUUUUCAAAAUUUCUAUCCAAAUUCGCUCUUCCAACCUUCCACCUGAAUCAUUCCUCUUCCACUCUGGUCGAGACAGUAUAUCCUGCCCCACCACUACCUUCCCGGACUAUUCGAUUUAGCAUGAUAUCGACUGACGCAUCCGAAUCAGAAGUAAAUUCGUGGUCUCCAGUGGACGAAGCGCCAACUCCUACUGAGAUUAAAGAAAUAAUACCCUUGUUAUCCAUAAACGCUGAACAUGAGACACACAGAGUUGCAUUCAAGACAUUGCAGCAAUGUAUCGAUUUGUUAAGAACAUUGCCAAGCGAUGAAAUUUAUACUAGGGAGAGCAAGUUUGUGCCCAAGAGCACUAUAGGAAAGCACGUUAGGCACGUAUACGAUCACUUCCGACUAUUAUUCGAAAAGAUACCGCACGUAUCUGAUGGCACCGACAGUGCAUACUCUUCUGUAUCUUCAGAAAAACUGAAUGUCGAUUGGCAAGUAGACUACGAUAAUAGGCUACGAAAUGUCCAACUAGAAUUAUCUCGUGCAGUGGCCAUCAAUCGCAUGAAGGAAAUACAACAGGCUAUGAUCAACGAGUAUGUUAACAUACCACUUGACACUACCGUUCGUCUCCAGGCCACAAUCGAUUCUAGCAUGCAGCAGGAACCAGUAGGGUUACUUACGACUUAUGGAAGAGAGUUGUGGUUUUGUUGUCAUCAUGCUAUUCAUCAUUACGCUCUCAUAAGAGUCAUCUGCACUGAACUGAAUAUACACGUACCAGAUGACUUUGGAAUUGCCCCUUCCACUCUCAAGAGUCGCAUGAAACAGUAUUCGGAAUAA